AUAGUUUAUUAACGUAAUAAUGUAUCAGUUGGGAUCAUAAGUACUUGUUUUAAGUUAGAAAUUUAUUAUUUAUGGCUCAAUAAUUUGCUCUAACAAGUACUCGUAGUUGGUGAAUAUUGUAGUAAAAUAAAAAAUAAAAUGAUCAAUGAGUAAUUGAGUACUAUAAUUUAUUAUCAGCUAGACUUAGAAAAUAAAAACAUACCUGGUUUUGAUUCCUCGUAUCCAUUAUUUCUUCGUGGCUGUGCUUUCUUAGAUAACUCUGCAACGUUGACAGUGAAUUUCUUACCACCCAGUAAAAUAAAAAUAAAAAAAAGCCUCAAUUUCAUCUGAUCUCUUAUGAAAACUCUUUCAGGAGUUUCACGAUCAUAUAGAUUAAUUUGUGUGUAAGGGUGGUAGUGAUUGUAACAUCGGGUUGUGCCAUGGGUUCGGAAUCAUCAUUUCACAACGCCUUAGCAUCAUCUUUCAUUUCACUCUUGACAGGUAAAAUCAUAGAACUAACCUGCACCGAGAUUGGCUAUGUCUGGAAUGUGGAUGAGAAUCUCAGAUCUCUGGGCACGAGUUCUCAGAUUGUCCAGGAUAAGCUUAAGCGGCUAGGCCACGACAAGCUGCCCGUGGAAUGGAUACCUUGGGUGCGAGAAGUGACCAGCCUAUUUUAUGAUGUGGACGAUAAAAUUGAUGGCAUUAUGCUUGGUAUAAUGAAACAAAAUCACAUCAACCAGAAUCCACAACGACAGAUCAACUCACAGCAUCAGGCUCAUGUACAAGAUCAGGUGUGCACCAGCAGAGUCUUUACUCUUUUUAGAAGUCGUUCAGGGAGGAGGGCGAGGCAGAGUGAUGACCAUCUUCCGGUGCCAAUUGUGCCACAGAAUGAGAACCAAGUGAGAAGCUACAUCGUUUCAUCAUUGAAAAAAUGGGGUUUGCCUCAUAAGAUAAAUAACCUCUUAGAGAGGUUGCAGCUGAUUGAUAAGCAGGUAGAUGGUCUGCUUCAAGGUGUUGGCAGUAGCAGACUCAACGGAGGUAUGAGUGCAGCUCAUUCUUCUCCGAUGGGAAGAGUAUCAGUAUCCAUUCCGAGUUCUUCAGGCCAUUUACAUCAGGUUGUGCUUGCUCGAGAAAGAGAAGAAGACAAGAGAAUAAUCAUAGAGUAUUUGCUGCAUCCUUCUCUUAGAGGAAGGGGCGGAAUUUGCAUUGUCGGAAUGUCAGGGCUAGGAAAAUCCACCCUUGCUCAACACAUAACAAACGAUUCCAGGAUCAGGAAAUAUUAUGGCUCCCCCGUUUGGGUUCCAAUGCCUGGUGACUUCAAUUCCGUGGCCAAUAAUCACAUCUUUGCUCCAUCUCUCCAAGGUCGUGUAGCCAAUGGCUAUCCUGUUCACCGUGGAAGAAGAAUCCUGGUUGUGUUGGAUGACUUGUGGAAUGUACACCACACAGCCUGGAGUAGAUGUAUUUCUACUCUUGGACCUGAAACUACUUUUCUUAUUACGACUCGUGAUCCUAAGGUUGCUUCCAUAACUGCCACAACUCCUCAUCACAUCAAGAGGCUGUCUGACAAAGACUGCAUGGAUUUGAUUAUAAAGAUGCUGCCUGAAAAUCUAUCUCACCAAUAUGAUCGCAGUAUAUCACAAAUAGCUAAAAAAUGUGCAGGCUUGCCUUUGGUGGCGAACUUGUAUGGUUUAAUGAUACCAGCAAGAUAUCGCGAAAAGGGACCAGAAGCAGCUUUUGCACACUUAGAAGAAAGCGACUUGUGGGAGUUGAGUGAAUUUGAAGCUGAAAUUUUUCCAGCUUUAAGAUUUGAUGAUCCCAGUAUGCCACCAGAUUUGGGUAAGUUCAUUGCUUAUUUGUAUCUCUUUCCUGAUGGCUAUUACUUCGAGAAAGACGAGCUCUCCCAACUCUGGAUGGCAGAAGGUUAUGUAACACCAGAGAAGUGGAAUGCCUCAUGCCUGAAGAAUUCAGUCAAAUAUUUCGACGAACUGUUGUCAAGGUCUAUACUUUACCUCUCACAUUACCCUAAAGAAGAUGAGAUGGCUACCUACCAGAUUCAUGAGUUCACUCAUAAAUUCGCUCAAAAAUUAGCUUCCAGUAUGUGCUAUCAAAUGAAGGAUAGUGACACGCCAUUCUUACCUGUCAAACAUAUCCGCCAUUUAUCACUAAGCAGUCAAAAACUAGAUCUGUAUCACACGCACAUUGAAAAGUUCUACAGCCAUUUAAGGACAUUUCUUUUGUUAUCUGGAAAGAGAGCCAACAUUACUGAUGUCCUACAGUAUUUCUUUCAUAAUUUGAAAUAUUUACGGGUAGUGAGCCUUAAUCGUUCCCAUAUCACCACUCUUCCUAGAUCAAUUAGCAACCUCAAACACCUUCGUUACCUAGAUGCAUCAAAUACCCUAAUCAAGAGUUUACCUGAUCCAAUCUGUGAAAUUCUUGGGUUGCGAGUUAUAAAGCUACAAAAUUGUAAACUUCUUAGUUUACCAAGCAAAAUUGCAAACCUAGUCAAUCUAUUCCAUCUUGAUAUGAAUAUGGCACAUUUGCACACCCCUCCAAUAUGUAUAGGAUCGCUCACCAACCUCCAAGCCUUAAACGUUUUCCCUGUCCAUGAUGCAGAAGGAUACCGUAUCACAGAGCUAAAGAACAUGAAUGCUCUUCGAGAAUCAAUCAAGAUAAUGAAGCUCGAAAAUGUUACCUCUGCAUUACAAGCUGAAAAUGCCAGGCUAUGUCAAAAAUCCCACCUCAACAGAUUGGAAUUGCAUUGGACACCAGGAAGCUAUAUACCAGAAACACUCAUAAGCACAAUCCUUGAUAAGCUCAAGCCUCACGAUCACUUGACAGAACUUCGUCUGGCAAAUUACAGUGGAGACGUGUUUCCAAGUUGGCUUGGCAGUCCUUCGUGUUACCUUAAGUCCAUUCAUCUCUUCAAUUGUCCAUAUAUCAAAAAACUUCCAUCAUUUUGGAAGCUUCCACAACUAAUAACCCUUACCAUUGAUACAGCAAGCAGUUUGGUGGAACUAGACCGCCAAUUCUUUGGCGAUCAUAGGAGUACCAGGUUCCCAAAACUGAAGUCUCUAGAGCUUCAGAACAUGGAAAGUCUUGCAAGGUGGGAUGAAUUGAGACCCAACGACAUGCCUCGUCUCUGUGUUCUUAAACUCAUCAAUUGUCCUACAUUGUCUGGCGUGUCUACAUUGCGAUUCUUCAAUAUGCUUGAACAUUUAGAAAUCAUACGUUGUCCGAGACUUGAAGAUCCAGAACUUCCACUAUCAGUCUCAUUAUAUUGCAGUGAUGGCCAACAAGGAGGCAUUCAGAAGACAGAACGUUUGUUCUGCAAGGAAUUGACUGAAAGCGAUGUUUUACACCUUUCUGUACCAAAAGGCCACCAGCAUGUGUUUAUUCAGGCACAAGAUGAGAAAGGUGAAGUUGGCAUUAUUGAACUUCAAAGUGGGGAAGAGUGGCGUUUUCAUUUGAGGUUCUUUAGUGAAAGUUGCAUCUUCCACAAUGGUUGGCAUCAAUUUGUUAAGGCCAAGGAGUUGGCUGCUGGUCAUUCUGUGAUAUUUCAUCGUACUGUUGGACUGAAAAGUGAGAAAUUGCAAAAUCAGCUCUACAUAGAAUGCAUUGAUCCGAGUCAGAAACCCUCUAUAAUAAGGAGGCCUGAGUCAUCAUCUAUUGUCAGUUUAGGCCAGAAAAAUACUAGAAACAUUCAACCUUUUAAUGAUAUGUUGCAGAGUCUUCGAGCUCUGGAAGAGAAAGAGCAUCUUGUUGUAAAUGGGAAAUCUAGGCACUUGCAGCUGCAUGUUGGUUUUUCCAGAUCUAGAUAUUCACGACUUACACGUUACAGCCCGUUGGACUCACUGAUCAGUUCUCCUCAAGUUUCUGCUCAAUGUGUAGAUUGCUUCCUACUUUUAAGUAUCUUCCCCAAGGAAUAUGAAAUUGAUAGAGAUACGCUGUGGGGGUACAUUGUCUGUUCAAGGGAAGACAUCAGAACUGGGUUGGUGUGGUACAAGGUAAAUGAAUUUACCAUUUCUGGCGAGUUGUCAACUAGAUUCAGCCACCUUAGGGUGGACCAAUUGGAUGAUACUGUCAAAGAUCUGUCUGUGGCUGAACCUCGUCAUGUGACAGUGCAAAAUGUGCCUUCAAAUCUCAGGGUGCUUAAACGACUGGCAGGGACGAGGACUCUUUGGUUCUUGCGUGGUCAUGAAUCUUGCAUAGAGCAUGUACCUUAUGAUUUCUUUAUCUCAUUGAGGGUCCUGGAGGUUUUGUCUUUGAAUGGGACUAAGCUGUCAGAACUCCCAAGUUCUAUUGCCAUUUUGAAGGAUCUUCGUUAUUUGGACCUCUCAGAGACCCUAAUCAAACAUUUACCGGAAACCAUUGGCCGCCUCCGAAAAUUGCAAACAUUGAAGCUUCAAAAUUGUCCCCACCUGGUUACAUUACCCAAAACUACAACAAAGCUAGAAAGUCUUGUGCAUCUUGAUCUUGGUACACUUUGCUACUUAAAUUCCAUUUGCCCUAGGAUUGGAGCAUUAACUCGACUUCGCACUUUGUCUGAGUUCCCUGUUGGCACAGAGAGUGAAUGCAGCCUAGCAGAACUUAAGAACCUUAAAUACCUUCAAGGAAGUUUUUGCCUCUCAAGGCUUCAAAAUGUUUCCAACUUGGAGGAAGUUAAAGAGGCAAACCUAAGAGCUAAGCCCAGCCUUUUGAGACUGGAGCUUCGAUGGUGUCCCAGAGCAGAAAAAGACAUCAAAAUUGAUGAUCAGGUCAUUGAAUAUCUGGAGCCACAAGCAAUGCUGACUAACUUACGGGUACUUUAUUAUGGGGGUUCUAAAUUUCCUAGUUGGAUUGCUAAUCCAUCUUUCAAGAAUCUGAUGAGCAUAACCCUUUCCAAAUGUGAACAGUGUCAGUACCUACCAGCUCUAGGUCAGCUAUGCUCUCUUGAAUCAAUUACCUUAAAUGGACUUCUUGGAGUGAGAAUCAUUGAUCUUAAUUUCUGUGGAAAUAGUGCAUCCACUAUUGCAGGGAGUGCUGAUGGGGCAUUCCCGAAUUUGCAAAAUCUGACCCUCACAUCCAUGCUCAAUUUGGAAUCAUGGAGAGACAUGGGAGAAUUAUGCUUUCCUUCCCUUCGUAAACUUACCAUAAAGGACUGUCCUAAACUUGCUGAUUUGUGCAGCCUUACAAACAUCCUUUCUCUUCAAGUUUUGGAGAUGAGUUAUUGUCCUUUACUUUCGUCUUUACCUAGGGGACGGUUACCUGCUUCUGUUGAACAAUUAGUGAUUGAAGAUUGCCCGUUACUUAAAUCAAGCUGCUCAAAGCUGCAUGGCCAAGAUUGGCAUAAGAUGGAGCAUAUUCCCAGCGUGUGGAUUGACUAUGAAGAAAUAUCCUCCCACUGAGCUGAAUACU